CCUAGUAGCCAAAUCUUGGGUAAUAGGGGGAGCAGACGUUGCAAGUCCGGGGCAGUUUUUUGUCAGUGAAGGCGUGGGACGUUUGGGAGAAGGUUGGUAGAACUCCAUGUGAUUACCCACCUCUCCUCAUCAUCAGACAGCAACUGCAGUUCCCUCCCCUGACGCGCGUGCAGUCGUUGUGCAGAAGCCAGGAAGACGGUGGAAAUACGGCAGGGAUGCUCAGAGUGAGCAUCUAAGGAUCUCCACACCCUCUUUAUUUCGCGACAACUUCCAUAUUUUGCCAGGAUAACUUUGCCAUUUUGAGAGAUCCAAGGCGCUCGGAAAGGUUUCCUUCUCCUGGCACCUGGGCAGCAUCUGUCCUGUCUGACGUGAAACUGUGAAUCUGAGGGGAGGCAAGACUUAAAGCAUCAUCAUGAAUUUUGUAAUGAAGGCAGCUAUGGGAGGAGGGCCACCUGAUGUGGGCAAGAUGAUGGGAGGAGACAAGGAAGAGCCUGACCCCGAUGCAGAGAAGAAAGAGGAAGAAAGACAAGAGGCUCUGAGGCAGCAGGAGGAGGAGAGGAAAGAUAAAUAUGCAAAGAUGGAAGUGGAGAGGGAAUCAAUGCGACAAGGCAUCAGAGACAAGUACGGAAUUAAGAAGAGGGAGGAGGCUGAGGCUGAGGCCCAGGCUGCUAUGGAGCAGUCUGCAGAGGGCAGUCUGACCCGUCCUAAAUCGUCAGUGCCCAAGGGCUGCGGAGACGACGACGACGAAGAGGAAAGCAUCAUGGACACGGUCAUGAAAUACCUCCCUGGUCCUCUCCAAGACAUGCUGAAGAAGUAGCCGAGCAAAAACGUUUGUUGGAGUUACAUUAGGUUGUUACGGUAUCCUUCUUGGUGAGAGUUUUAGAUUACUUUUCUGCCCCCCCUGCAGCAGAGAGUUAGCAACGGAAAUUAAAAUAAAA